GCAACCGCGGAGUUGACGCUGCGACCAUUCUUUUUUAUUUAUUCUUUCUUUUUUCCCUUCCUCCCUCCUCCUCCUCCUCCUCCGGUGGAUGCGAUCCGCGAGGGCAAUCGAUCUCCGCAGCGUCUGAGGCAAGGGGCGUAGGAGGAGGGCGAAGAUGCUGGACAUCCAGAAGCGACGCGUCCAGCUGCUGCUGUUCAUCGUGGGCGUCCUCGCGCUCAGCAUGACCGCUGAGAAGUUCAGGGAACUUGUCGGGAAGGAGGAAGCAUCAAAGAGUGGACAGUUUACGUUCAUGAACUGUUUUGAUAUGGGCUCAGGCAGCCUUGCGUGCGCAGUGAAGGAGGGCAUCAAGUUGUAUGUCUACAACCUCCAAACUGCACAUACGGAAAGGGUGAGGCACCGGGCCAUUGAGAAAGCAUUGGCUGAUGCUGUGACAGAAGGCCUGUCUGCCGCUGAGGCAGCAAAGCAAGCUCAGAAGGUUGGUGCGAAAGCCGCAAAAGUGGCAGCUCGUCAAGCCAAGAGGAUAUUGGGGCCGAUAAUUUCUUCUGGUUGGGACUUCUUUGAAGCCAUGUACUUCGGUGGAAGCAUGACUGAAGGUUUUCUCCGAGGUACCGGCACCCUAUUUGGAACCUAUGUAGGUGGGUUCCAUGGUGAGGAGAGGCUGGGGAGGUUUGGUUAUCUUACAGGAAGCCAUCUGGGCAGUUGGGUUGGUGGAAGAAUUGGAUUGAUGAUUUACGAUGUCAUAAAUGGCUUGAAGUAUAUGCUUCAGUUUGUCAAGCCAGAGUAUGAAGCAUCAGCAUAUUAUUCAAAAGAGAGUACAGAGUAUGCAUAUAGUUAUAGAAGUGGGGAAAGAGAGGAGCCAACAUAUUAUGAGACAUCAGAAGAGAAUCAGGAGGAAUCGCAGGGGUUCAGUUUGUUCUGAGACUGCAAACUUUGAUACUAGCAUAGCAUGUCUCCUUUUGAGUAACACGUUUAGGUUUUUUUUUGGUAUUUUUAAGUGAGGAUAUGAUUCUUCUAUGUAAUUCUUGUUUCAGCCACUGUAUAUAAAAACCCUUGCGGUCCUGCCAAAUGGUAAAAAGAUAGCAGUGAUGUUGAACGUCUACAGAAUAACAUAGGGAUGUAUAUCAUAUUCAGAUAUGUUUUAGGGAGCAUAUGUCUCCAACGUUUGUUUCCUGUUUAUGUAUUCCUGUUCCACUUCAAAGAUAGUUUCCAAUUUGACAAAGUUGAGCAAAUGCCAAGCAUUUCAGUUACUGAA